AUGGGUUUGAAGUUGAAAUGGUUUCGACGAAGGAUCACCUUCGACGGGAUACCAUCGGCACCGGAACGGGACAUUCGUCGAAAGGAGGCAACUGCAGGAACUGUGAUUGGCGUGUAUAGACAAAGUGCACACUUCGAGGAUUACAUUGAGCCGGUACGUUCGUCUUAUUGGGAACCUCCACCACAAGCAAUUGCUCGUGCCACGAUUCGUUCGAAUGGCAACCUGCCAACCACGUCUACAAACAGUCCAUCCAACUCCUACUCUUCCUCCUCCUCCACGUUACGGGCAAGGGUGACAGCGCAACGUGCCUCGCGGGCACCUCAGGUGCCGGUACCCGCACCCACCGGAAUCUCCUCCGUUAGCAGACCACCCUCAAUGGGCAAUGUCGUCAUGGAGUCUGAUAGCCAUGAUAAGAUAGUACGUCCUCCAGUCGAACGAUUGCAGCUUAAUGCCGACUACGACACACCGCCGGAGCCGAACUAUGCCGCACCGAAACCACCCGCUAGAAAGGGUGUUUCCAAGGCAAAGUCUAUGGGGAAUUUAACCAACGGUAACGACUCCCGGCUGGAGGAUGCCAACAAUACCAUACAUUACGGGGAAGAGAUCCACGAGCUGCGCUCACCUCAAUCGGUUGAGGUUUUAAGUGAUCCGUAUGUACGAACAGCAGCGCCAUCACCACCUCCAUCGCCUAUUCAUGUAGUGCCGAUUGCACCGAUUCCAAGAUCGACCUCAAGUAACUCCUUGCCAACACGCGAGAUUGUUCCUGAACCGAUCUAUCCUGUGAAACCUGAAGUUAGCACCGAACCUGAGUAUAUCGUACCGCUUGCUUCCGAGGAACCGGUCGAUGAACCGAUCUAUGAUUCCUUUAAUGUCCUCUUCGAACGUGUAAAUAUUCGCACACCUGACAGUCCAGGUUCAGAAAGAUCCAAUACUUCAACGAGGCCUGAAACAUCAUCACCACUACCUGCACGGGUGACAUUGAUAAGGGCUGAAGAUGAUGCGAUAUUCGAGCGUGUUAAUAUUUCUAACUACCCUACGCGAGACUCACAGCAAUCUACUAGUACACGUACGCAGCCAUCUUCAUCGUCACCAUCACCGUCACCAUCAGCCUCACCGUCACCGUCACCAUCACCUCCACCGCGGCAGAAGCCAAUACUUAAAGUAACUUCCGUACCAGUUCCACCAACGUCACCUCCACAACCAAAAUCUAUUCUUAAAAAACGCGCUCCACCACCACCACAAACUCCGGUGGAAGCUACUUCCAGUAUGGUCGAAUUUACCAACGAAGAAUUUCAAACCAUUCCAACACCGCCCCCACGGUCAAUACGAGUUACCACUAAAAAUGACUCUCCGGCCACACCGUCACCCAUCACACCUACAGAGCAGAACAAAAACGUAUUUCCCACGGUGGACAAUCAAACUCCAAUUGCGAUGUCGAAUGGAAAAGAUCCCGAUUCCGAUUCGGACGAUGAUUUUAACUGGGAUUUUGUGCAAAAACAUAGAUCCAGUAUUAAUCAAACGGUAGCCGCACAAACACAAAUCGAUCCGGAUGUAUUAAGAAACGCACCAGCGUCUCUGCGUGCCGGGAUGACACAGGCGGUACCAUCGCCACGAAACCUUCCCGAACCGAUCGCCCAACCACGGACACUUCGGGGCAUGCGUAAUCAAAGGGUACAUGCACAGCUAGAAAACGCUAGUGCGAAUACACCUGCAGUACAAAUUCCACCCCCAAGAGCACGUGCCAGUGACUCAAACGCAUCGGAAACUUCGGCGUAA